UGCUGAUUGGUCAGACUCUACCAAACCAUAGCAACGUGCCCUGUGUCGAGGUUUGGCAUAUGGUUACUUUGGAUGCGUCUUGGACGAACUGAAUUUUUCAGCCUUCUUCAAUUGAAACUUUUUGUUGAAGAACAAACUAAAUUGGAAUAUAGAACACAAUCCAGUCUAAAUUCUAGUGAAGAAUUUGAAGCCGUGCUGACAAGUGAGGAGAGUUGUCGCAAGUUGGAUAUGGUCACCUUUGUUCUUCUCUUCAUCCCUUUUGCCUGCGACAUAGUUUUCACUAGUUCGUCAAUAGAAGAUCAUCAAAAGGAAUAUCUCGUAUUGUGUGUUUUAGUUUCAUUCAAAAGGGUAUAAAGAACUUGUUUUGCAUCAACAACUUGUGCACUCCAUCUCCAAUUCAUCUGUUGAAGAACCCUAUAUAAUUCUGAGAUUUGAACAACGCCGAAUGAAAUGGCAGAUGAAUAUGUAAUACUUGGAGCGUCGGAGUUCAUCAAAGACCGGUUGUAUUUUACAACCCUUAGAACCAAACCGAAAACUACAGCAAACACUCACUACUUCAGCACAGAUGAUGAACUUCUCUAUGAGAACUUCUAUGCUGACUUUGGACCCCUGAAUCUGGGCAUGCUGUACAGGUACUGCUGUAAACUGAACAAGAAGCUCAGGUCCUUCACUCAUUCCAGAAAGAGGGUGAUUCACUACACCAGCUAUGACCAGAGGAAGAGGGCCAAUGCUGCAGUACUUAUUGGUGCCUAUUCUGUGAUCUAUUUGAAGAGAAGCCCAGAGGAGGCCUACAGGACCCUCAUCUCAGGAAACAAUACCGCAUAUCUGCCUUUCAGGGACGCUGCUCUCGGAGACUGCACAUACAAUUUGACCAUCCUAGACUGUUUACAAGGAAUCCGCAAGGCCCUGCAAUAUGGAUUCUUCAACUUUGAGACAUUUGAUGUGGAAGAGUAUGAGCAUUAUGAGCGGGUGGAGAAUGGAGACAUGAACUGGAUUAUUCCUGGGAAGAUUUUGGCCUUUAGUGGACCUCACCCAAAAAGCAAGAUAGAGAAUGGAUACCCUCUCCACGCUCCAGAGGCCUACUUCCUGUAUUUCCAGGAGCAUGAUGUCACCGCCGUGGUGCGGCUCAACAGAAAGAUCUACGACGGACAGCGGUUCACUGACGGCGGCUUCGAGCAUCACGACCUGUUCUUCGUGGACGGAACCACGCCCAGUGACCUCAUCACACGACGCUUCCUCCACGUGUGUGAGAGCACCGAGGGCGCUGUGGCUGUCCACUGCAAGGCGGGUCUGGGUCGUACGGGGACUCUGAUAGGUUGUUACCUGAUGAAGCACUAUCGUUUCACGGCGGCUGAGGCCAUCGCCUGGAUCAGGAUCUGCAGGCCUGGAUCCAUCAUCGGACCUCAGCAGGACUUUCUUGAAGAUAAGCAACACAGUAUGUGGGUGCAGGGUGACAUGCACCGCACCAAACAGAAGCAGCAGCAGCGUCGCCAGCGGCCAAAGCUGGACCAGGAAGUGACUUGCCUCGUCUCCAGCAUGGACGACCUGUCAAUCAAUACGACUCUUUAUAAGUCCUUCAGCCUGGAUGAGAAUAACUACAGGGAGUGUCUGACCCAAGGAGAUAAACUCAGGGAUUUGAAAGGCCGUCGCUCAUCCAGGUCUGCCACCUCUUCACGGUUGAAUUUGACAAAGACCAGUCAGACCUCUAUCACCCCUCCCAAGUCUUCCAAGUUAUCUCAGGUCCCUGUCCCCUUCUCCUCUUCCUCUUCUCCCAAGAGGCUGGUGCAAAGCUCCUCAUCCUCAGCUAGUAACCUUAAGAGUCCCUUUAGCCUGAGUAUGUUCAGCUCUAAGGCUACUGCCAUUCACUGAGCCAGCGUUGAUCACUGACUUUUCAUCUUUGACCUUCUGACCUUCCAGUUGACCCCAGGAGACGGGAGGUUAACCCUCUCAACAGCUGGAGAAAUGUGCACGAUUGUCUCUGUUAAAAAAUCUAAUCCACCCCUGAGACACUGUAAAAAUCCUCUUUGUAACAAUUGGAUUUGUAGACAUGAUGUAAUUUAAAUCAAUGUAAUUUGUUUGAUUUGAAAAUGGGUUUAUAAUCAUUUUAAUUGUGUGUUUAUCAUGGCUUUCUCUUUCUCUUAUUCAGUUAUUCAAUUGGUAUCUAUUUUUUGAUUGACGCUGUAAAAGCAGACAUAUCCUACACUCAGCUGAAACAUGAGUGGCUGUCUAUGAAUGUUGUCAUACAGGAGAUGUAUUUUUUGAAUGUGAAUACGUUUGGAUUGUAACAGAACUGACUCUGGUUGAGCACUUUUUUUCUGACUUGUUUUUACGACUCUGUUGUUGACAGGCUUGAGACAAUUGUUGUUUUGUUUUAAGUAACUUUAAGUAGUAGGCCUAUAUGGCGUAUAUGGAGUGUAUUUCUGCAAACUUUGCAGAAAUACUAUUGGUACAUUGUGUCCUUUAAAUUUGAUUAAAAACUUUCCUUGUCAAAAUAAGUCAUCUUUCUCUGCAAAUUUCAUUUGACUCAUAGACAUGGCAGGAUAAGACCAAUUUUCUGGCUUAUAUUAAAUAUUUCCAACUGAAUAAAAUAGGGACCAUGUAUAGCAGUUGUAAGGGCAGGAAAUCAACAGAAGGUAAGGCAGAUUGAAGUGCUACAUUUUAUUU